CCUAGGAAUUAUUCCAGCCUCGUGAAUUACAUUGCACCUGUUAUAAUAAUAAACUUCAAAUAAUUGCCAGAAAUGUUAUUAUCGGAAUUGUACGACUCCAGAAAAAUCUAGAAUUCAAUCUCGGGACUUUAUUCAGGGACCAAUCGUGAUGACUGGUCAAUUCUCGACUGGUCAGUUCGACUGUCCGCACUUGUACCGAUUGGAGUUCUAUUAGCAAUGAGGGGAUUGCUAGUUCUCCUCUUUAUGCCGGGCGUAAUUGUCGAAGGAAUUUAUCCGAGUGUCAUCGUAGUAGGUGCUGGCCCUUCUGGAAUAGCAGCUGCUUCAAGAUUACUUGACAAUGGAAUAACAGAUAUUACGAUUUUGGAGGCAGAGGGGAGAAUUGGUGGUCGAGUCAACAGCACAAAAUUCGGGGAAUAUUGGGUUGAUCUCGGUGGUCAAUGGGUUCAUGGAGAAAAAAAUAAUGCAGCGUAUGAUCUCGGUGAUCCUUUGGGCCUCUUAUCAAAAUCCGUGGGCCCAGGACGAGUGGACGAAGAGUCCCCGAUUUAUCGUUGUUAUACGUCACAAGGUGAGGUGAUACUGAAGGAAAUAGCAAAGAAAUUGGUAAUUUAUGCUGAGGAGAUUCCCAGUGAUCCCUCGGGAAUGGAGAACCUGAAGACUGGGUCCUACGGUGAACAUGUCAAUAACAAACUCUACGAAUUUUAUGAUAAUCACACGGAGGAAAUUCCUGAUGACAUGCGAAGAAGUUUAACGCAUGCUGUGAGAUUAGUGAUGAUGUCGUCAGAAGGAGCAGCGGAUUUGAAUGAUUUAUCUUUAAAAAAAAUUUUCGAGUAUGAAGGUACCGGUGGGUAUCAAUUGGUGAACUGGAAGGAGAGAACGUACCACACAGUCCUGGAAAUUCUGAUGAAAAAAAUUCCAAACCCCGAGGAGGAAUUGCCAGUCGUUAAUAAGACCUUGCUGAAUAAACAAGUCAUUAAAAUAAUAUACGAUGAGGAGGGGGUGAUAAGACUAAUGACUUCCGAUGGCACCGAAUAUACAGCUGAUCAUGUGAUUUUUACAACUUCACUUGGAGUUCUCAAGGCAGAUCAUGAGAAGAUCUUCGAGCCGCGGCUUCCAGAGAAAAACCGAAAUGCUAUUGAGACUUUGGGUUUUGGACAAAAUGCAAAGAUAUUACUGUAUUACGAUCACCCCUGGUGGAAUACUAAUGAAUUUGUCUUCAAUCUCAUCACCUGGACAGACUCUGACAGGAAGGAAAUGGAGAAUGACCCUGAAAGAAGUUGGAUGCUGGGUAUCGGUUUUACUGUCUCAGUCGAGUACAAACCGAAUCUCUUUUUCAUCUGGAUGAGUGGUCCCUACUGCGAAGCGAUGGAGAACAUCUCCGAGGAAUUAUUCAAAAAUCAGACGAUUAAAUUCAUUGAAAGAUUCUUCGGUAAUCAUCAUCAUCUCACUCGCCCCAAAGACAUCAUCAGGAGCCGGUGGAACACCAACGAGAAUUUCAGGGGUUCCUACAGUUAUCCUGCCCUCGCUUCCGUCGACAGGGACGCAAGUCCUGAAGACUUGGGGACUCCUGUCACACGAAAUAAUAAACCUGUCAUACUAUUCGCCGGUGAAGCUACUGAACCCCAUCAUUAUGCUACCGUCCAUGGGGCUAUCGUUUCAGGAUGGCGAGAAGCCGAUCGUCUGAUAAAUCUGUAUAAAAAUGUAUUGAAGUAAAAAAUGCAUUUC